AUGGAUGUAGAUAUACCUCGCAAAAACUUCGAAUUUGCUAAUAACAUUACUGAAGUCGAUCCAACACAAGACUGGAUUUAUCGAUAUGAUAGUCAAGAACAGACUCGAGCACGGACGGAGAAGUCAUGGACCAAAGACCCUCAUUAUUUUAAUAAAGUCAAGAUGUCGGCGGUGGCUCUCAUAAAAAUGGUUAUGCAUGCUAGGUCAGGAGGAAAUAUCGAAGUCAUGGGACUAAUGCAGGGCAAAAUUGAUGGCAGCACUAUUAUAAUUAUGGAUGCAUUUGCGUUGCCCGUUGAGGGGACAGAGACAAGAGUCAACGCAGCAGAUGAAGCUAAUGAAUACAUGGUUACAUAUCAGACUACCAUUGAGCAGGCUGGCAGGCUCGAGAAUAUUGUUGGGUGGUAUCAUAGUCAUCCUGGUUAUGGGUGUUGGUUGUCUGGUAUCGAUGUGACCACGCAAAUGUCCAAUCAACAGUACCAAGAUCCAUGGGUUGCUGUCGUUAUUGAUCCCAAUCGUACGAUAGCGGCUGGAAAAGUAGAAAUAGGAGCAUUUAGAACAUACCCAGAGGGUUACAAAGCACCGGAUGAAGGCCCAUCUGAGUAUCAGACAAUUCCGCUCAGUAAAAUUGAAGAUUUUGGAGUUCACUGUAAACAAUACUAUCAAUUGGAGAUUUCAUACUUUAAAUCAACACUUGACACUCACUUACUUGAGCUGUUAUGGAACAAAUACUGGGUCAAUACUUUAUCGCAGUCACCACUCAUAGCAAAUCGUGGGUAUGCUGCUCGUCAAAUCUCAGAUUUGGCCGAGAAAUUAGAACAAACAGAAUCACAAAUUCAACAAAGCGGUCGUAUUGCUGGAUUUGUAACUGGCGGCCUCGGGGGUGGAAAUCGCAUAAGUGCAUCAUCUCCAACAGCAUCUUCAUCUACAGCUAACGUGUCGGCAUCAGCCGGGCCAAGUGGGUCAUCCAGCACAGCUGGUAAUGUUGGGGACAAGAAGAAAGUCGAAGAGGGACCGUUAAGCAAAGUUACGAGAGAUAGUGUUCCAAGUAACCAUGCGCUUCCCUCCAAAAAGUACCUUGGUAUACUCCAUUUCCAAUUACUCUUUGAACUCAUUUGUCUCGAGAUAAUGGCAGCAACCGCCAGACCUGCAAAGGUAAACUCCGUUGAAGGAGUUUCGUCUUCUUAUUACGUCGGUAAAAUGGGAAGAAAUAAAGAUAGUCUAACCAUAGGGAAACAAGCUAUUGUUUGUCAGGAUACGGAAUUGAGAGGAGAAAUAUUUGUUGGUGCAGGUACGGUAUUAAAUCCACAAUGUAAAAUAUUGGCCGAAUCAGGUCCAAUACGUAUUGGAGCGAACAAUAUAAUCGAGGAGAAGGUCAUAAUAGUAAACAAGUCAACAAAGCCAUUGACAAUCGGUGACGACAAUGUGUUUGAAGUCGGAUGCUAUAUAGAAGGGACUAAGAUUGGAAAUAAAAAUGUUAUAGAAGCCAAAGCUAGCGUUCUGGGAACGACAACUGUGGGAGAUAACUGUGUAAUUGGGGCUGUUUGUUCUACAAGGACAGAUGAGGUCAUUCCCGACAACACUGUCAUAUAUGGAGAUAUGCAUAACCGAAGAAUUCAAACUGUUAACACAAAUCAAACAAAUCUACACACACGCCAUCUAGACUAUCUCCGUGAAACACUUCCUAAAUUCAAUCAUAUUAAGGGCGGUAAUGAGAGCAAAUCGGCCGGUAAAGAAUCUCGUGACAAACUGGCCAGUAAAGAAUCUCGUGACAAACCUCGAAGCAGAGAACAUCGGGACAAGGAACAUCGGGACAAGGAACAUCAACAUCGGGACAAGGAACAUCGGGAGCUUCGGGACAGGUCAGACAAUCGGGACAAGGAACAUCGGGAGCUUCGGGACAAGGAACAUCGGGAGCUUCGGGACAGGUCAGACAAUCGGGACAGGUCUCACGAUAGAGAAUCUCGUGAAAGAUCUCGCGAUAGGGAGGCUCGAGAGGCUCGAGACAAGGAUUCACACGAAAAAGAACCCCGCGAAAAAGAUAAAAAAGAAAUCCGCGAUAGGGAACCUGCUAAGAAAGUUGGUAUAACCAAAGAGACGUAG